UGAUAGGGCAUUUACCUUGCACCCGAAUUCCUAAUUUUAAUUCCCUCAUCUCUAAUAUUUGCUUGUAUAAAUAAAAGGAAAAAAGAAAGAGGAAAAUUGAUUUAUCAUGUUCAAACUGCGUGCCCACCAUAUAGAGAGUUGAGCCUUUUGGGUAUUUGGUAAGAACAGAGAACAGAGAUAUAGAGACGACACACAGAAACGGGGGAAUUGAAAAGAUGGCAACACCAGCAGCUUCGUCCGCGGCAGAAGCUCCAAAGAUUGUGUGGAACGAAGCCAAGCGAAGGUUCGAAUCGGAGGACCAGAAGUCGUACAUAGAGUAUGUGCUCAGGGGAAAUGGAAAAGUGAUGGACUUGGUGCACACCUUCGUCCCAUCUUCCAAGAGAGGCUUGGGCUUGGCUUCCCAUCUCUGCGUCGCGGCCUUCAACCACGCCAAGUCCAAUUCCAUCUCUGUCAUCCCCACCUGCUCUUACGUCUCUGACACUUUUCUCCCGCGGAACCCUUCCUGGAAUUCUGUUUUGUACUCAGGACCAGGAGAGAUGAAGUCUAGUAUAUGAUUUACUGAAGUUAUAGUUUAAUGGGAUUUAGUGAAAUGUUCGUAAGCCUGUAGCUGGGUGUUCUAUUUCAACUGGAAAAAAGUUUAUUUGCUUUACUAAUACUAUAUCAUUUACAAAUAAAUGUGCACCGCUGAUGUUAUGGUUAACUCUGAUGUGAUUACAUAGCAACCGUUGAAAUUAAAUUGGAAAAUAUUACAGCAUGAUUGGAAA